UUCAGGAAACGGAUGCAUUCAACGUUACGAUGCGCAGUUCAAGCAGGCAAGUGCUUGCGAAAUGUGGUAAACGGUCAGUGGGUCACUUCACACUAUCUAAAAUGUCCAAGAGAAAAGGAUGUUCGUUGGGCUAAAGUUGACAUGAAACGAGAAGUGGAAAGUUAUGAUAUUGUUAUUGUGGGUGCUGGACCAGCUGGUUUAUCAUCAGCUAUUCGUUUUAAGCAACUUUCGAAAGAGAAUAAUAAGGAUAUUCGCGUUUGUGUGGUAGAGAAAGGAGCUGAAGUUGGUGCACACACAUUGUCUGGUGCAGUGAUUGAUGUUAGAGCCUUGGAUGAACUUUUUCCAAAUUGGAAAGAAAUGGAUGCUCCCGUCUAUCAGAAAGUUACUUCUCAGUCGAUGGCGAUUUUGACAAAAAAUGGUCGAUAUGCUUUGCCGUUUAUUCGCGGAGGCCCACUUAACAAUAUGGGGAAUUAUAUUGUCAGGUUAGGCCACCUCGUAAAAUGGCUAGGCGAAAGAGCAGUAGAAAUGGGAGUAGAAAUUUAUCCCGGAAUAGCAGCUCAGGAAAUUCUAUUUCAUGAAGAUGAAAGUGUUAAAGGCAUUGCGACAGCUGACGUUGGGAUAAUGAAGGAUGGUGCUCCAAAGAAGAAUUUUCAACGAGGCAUGGAGUUACACGCAAAAUGUACAAUAUUUGCUGAAGGUUGCCGUGGACAUCUUACCAAUUUCAUAAUGGAGAAGUAUCGCUUGCAAGAAGAAUGCGAUCCAAUGACUUAUGGCCUUGGUUUUAAAGAGUUAUGGUUAAUUGAUAAAUCAAAGCACAAACCCGGUUACGUGGAACACACCAUCGGGUAUCCACUGGACCUUCAAAGCCAUGGUGGAUCAUUUAUGUAUCACAUCGAAGAUAAUGGGCAGCCUCUUGUCUCUCUUGGCCUUAUAAUAGGCCUGAAUUACAAGAAUCCUUACACAAAUUUGUAUCAGGAAUUCCAGUUGUUUAAAUCGCAUCCGUCCAUUCGUCAUUAUCUUGAGGGAGGAGAACGAAUCGCUUAUGGUGCUAGAGCAGUGAAUGAAGGUGGAUAUCAAGCUGUACCACAGCUAACUGUGCCUGGUGGAUGUUUAGUUGGUUGUGCAGCAGGACUAAUGAAUCCAGCAAAGAUUAAAGGUGUUCAUAAUGCCAUGAAAAGUGGUAUGGUUGCAGCGGAAACCAUACUGGAUGAUUUAGGUCCGCAAACGCGAACAGUAAUUCCGGAAGAGUUCGAGCCAAAACUGUACAAAACCUAUGUAAUGAAAGAAAUGCAACAAAUGCGCAAUAUUCGUCCGUCUUUCGGUAGUCGUUUUGGGUGGAUUGUUGGCUUACCGUACAGUGCAUUUUUCUAUAUAUUACUUCGUGGAAAGGAACCAUGGACUUUUAAAAAUAAAAUAGAAGACUGGUUUCAAACAGAUUCAGCGUGGAAAUCAAAAUCAGUUAACUACCCGAAACCUGAUGGCAAAGUAACGUUUGAUAUAUUGUCUUCGGUAGCGCUGACCGGUACAAAUCAUGAAGAAAAUCAGCCGUCUCAUCUGUUAUUGAGAAAUGAUGCUGAUGCUGAGUUAACUACAUGGCGUAGAUUUGCUGGCAUGACCGAGCGAUUUUGUCCAGCAGAAAAAUGAAGCUCUUGAUGCGCUAUACUCCACUGUUCUGUAUCAUUUUCAUCUAAGGACAGGUGUUUAUGAAUAUGUGCCGUGCGAAACUAGACUCGAUACCAGAAGGCUUCAAAUAAAUUUCCAGAACUGUAUUCACUGCAAAACAUGUGACAUCAAGGAGCCACGCAAUAAUAUUCAGUGGGUUGCACCAGAAGGAGGCAAUGGUCCGAAAUACAAUGGGAUGUGAUGAUCAGAACUAUCAGGCUUCUCGCUGAGCUAUUUCGGCCAAAAUACUUCAAUUUUAUUUUGGAAAGCUUCAAAUACAAUUUUAAGGAUCAAUUUAUGUUUCGGUGCUUUUACUGCUUUUAGAUUCAAUUUGACUGAAAAUGGUGUGAUAUUCUGUUAUUCCUUGUUGAUACGCUCUUUCACUGUUGAAUUUUGUUAACCUUUAAUCAUUCGUUUUUCCAGAUCAUAUAAGAGAUUUCCGAUUGCAUUUCCCUCAAAAAUCGAACCUUUCGGGUCUCUUAGCUCUUCAACAUAUGGUCCAUUAAGCUGGUUUUUCUGAUUUGAAAACCAUUCCGCA